CAAGUAGUAAGACUGCCAACUUUCAACUCUACUUGACUUAUUUAUUGCUUUUUCAAUAAGGAGCAUAAAAUGAGCGAGGAAAAACCGACAAUUCGUACGGAGGAUGAUGACCGUUAUGAGGAUGAUACCGGAGAUUUGGAUCUAGGCCAGAUUGGCUCUCGAGUUUGGUUAGUAAAGGUUCCGAGGUUUCUUAUGCAGAAAUGGGACGCCAUUCCUGAUGAUGAAAAUGAAAACCUUGGAUGUGUACGUGUGAAAAAUGAUGAGAUUCAACUUUUACUCCAUAACAAGCCGGAAAACGCCGAUGUUCCUAAAAACUACAACUUGAAAGUAAUGAACAAAUUCGUUAGAAACUCUUAUGUCUUUAGAGAAUCGGAGUCAUCAUCUAGUAACACGAAAAACACUGCAUUGGUCGGUACAGUUGCCCAUGAAUGUAAUGUGACUCCAGUUAUCAAUGAUGAUUAUCGACGCGUUAUGCAAAAAAGAGCUUUGGCUGCCAGUGCUCCUAAGCGCAAAGUUCAAAUGAUUGAUGAUAGAGGUGCUAGCCUCCUUGCCCCUGGAACGCUGGGUGCUCGCAAUAGAAACACUACAUCAUUUAUUCGUAAUGUUAAACCAAGAACUGGCGAGGGCCUAAAGAACUCACGUAUUCCCAGAAACGAGCUAUUAGAUAUUCUUUUCAAAUGCUUUGAAGAUUAUGAAUAUUGGACUUUGAAGGGUCUUCGUGAAUACGUUAAGCAACCUGAGGUUUAUUUGAAGGAGGUUCUUGAUAGCAUAGCUAUAUUGAAUAAACGCGGGCCUUAUGCGUUAAAGUAUAGCUUGAAGCCUGAGUAUAAAGGAACAAUGGAUGCUGCCACGAGAGAACUUUUGAAUCAACAAGUAUCUCAAUCGGAUUCAUUUCAACAGCCGAAUGCAGACAAGGGUUCUGCCUCUCCAAUUGGCCCUUCCUCAUCCGCAAGUGAUGCCAACAAAGAUGGAGACAACGAUGAUGAGGUUGAAAUGAUUGAUAUUCUAUAAGUUAACGAAUUAAUGAACUUUCUUGUUUUGGUUUUUUGUUGAAAAGCUUCCAAAAUCUCAAUGUUUCAUCACCUGCUCCUGUAACGAUAGACUGGCCAUCAGGGCUCAUAGACAAAUGAAGCACACGGUUUGUGUGUCCAGUAAGAUUAACAACGUUUGAAAGUGUUGGAUACUUCCAUAGUGAAACCUGAUUUUUGGCAUAGCCAUGAGUAGUAACAAUUUCAUUCGACGUCUUAGACCAUGCCAAAUUGCAUACUUGGGAUCCUGUAUCCAGCCGAUUUUGCAGCUUUCCUGUUAAUGUAUUAUGUAUCAUUAAGGAUCUGUCGACUGUUCCUCCUCCACUUGCCAAAAUUCCUCGUUGGUGAGGGCUCCACCCAAUUGCUUUGACAGCGGCACUAUGCUCCAAGAAUGUAUGCAGUGGUCUUGUGGUUCGAUAGUCCCAUACAACGAGUUUGUUGUCAUUUCCGCCAGAUGCCAAUUGACCUAGGUUGCUUUCCCAUUGAAGACCACAAAUUUCUUGGUCAUGUCCUUUAACUUUCAGAUAACAUUCAGAUUGACGCAGGUCAUGAUGUGCUAGCAUUUCAUCUUUUCCACCACUUGUUAAAGUAUUACCAUUGGACGCUAAUGCUGCUACUCUUUUGGAGUGGCCGCGUAAACUCCUUAUGGGUUUGGUACAUUCCGUGUCCCAGAUGUGAAUAAAUCCUGAAUCUGUUCCAACGGCGAUAUUAGUUCCUAUUCCAGUCCACAAAACACUAGUCACAUUGUUUGCUUCCCCAAAGUCAUGGAGUUUCACCACUUUACCACUGUUGGCUGACCACAAAUAUACACUGCUCGCCAGACCCACUGCUAAUAUGUUUGAUCUUCCCCAACUAAGCAAGUUAAGAUAAAAGUCAUCUUCCAAGUAAGGGGCAUCCAAAACUUUGUAUGGAGCUUUAGGAAAUACUCUUUUAGGUUUUGGAGGACGAAGCAAGAGGUCUUGUGAUUGAGGUGAGAUGGGAGAUAAUGAGUACGAAUUCCUUGUGGGAAUGUCAAAGUAACUUUUUUCUGACUUCUCUUUGAGGUCUCCGUAGCGAAAGGUUCUUGAGGCUACCUGUUUAUUUCCAAAUAGUUCGAUACUUAGAAGCUCCAUAAAUUGCCGUUGAACUGAUUACAUUAGCACUGAAGCAAAGGAUUGUUCUAUAUUUAUGUUCACUUACCACUUCCGGAACUCUUACGUCGUAAAGAUGUUCCUUCACUUAUUGUCUUCCGAAUCGAUUCAAAACUAAUAUCAAACUCAUUGCUGACGUUGCGUAUGGGGAUGAAUCUAUCGCCCAUCUUCGAUUAAUUCUCGCAGCGUUGGUCAAGGAUAAAAGAAAAAGAACUUUGAAAAGACUCUAAGUUUAUCCACAUGUUUUGUUUGUUUUCCCUAAGCUAUAUGCUUUAUUUUUGUUUACAUGCAUUGAGAAACAACGAGUUAUAUUUACUAUCAAAAGAUGAAAACCCAAUUAUUUAUAAAUAAAAAUAAACAAACAAAUAUUAUGACACAGAUCAAGCAAUUUGUUUGAAUAUAUCUUGUUUUUGGAACCUGAUUUUGUGAAAGAAUGAUUUCAUGUCUAUAGCAUUAAGUGAAGAAAAUGUUCCUCUAUUUUGACUCUAAAUUAGACGUUAGUACGAAGCAAAGUCUAAGCUUGUUAAGAUACCUUUUCUUGAGCAAGUGCUUUGAGGCUGUUUUGAAAUUGAUCGAGAUCCAUUGAGUUAAAAAGUUGGUCUUCAACUAAACCAAGUGAACACUCUAAAAUUUCGGUUUGCGUUUCUCCAUUAUCUUGCUGGGAUAUGCAAUGAACACGAGAAAAGUCGACUUCUGUAAUUUUCGUUAAGUAAUCGCAGAUGUUCUCAAUUUGUAUUGCAAAUCUCGACUUGUAUUCAUGCGAAUUUGAUUGCUGGAUAAGAAAAUGACCUUUGUCAGAAGUGAAAAAAUUACGGAAAGAAGUAGCUGAGACUCCACCGUGCGUCCACAGGUAAACCUUUCCCUGUAUAAAGGAUAAAUAAAUACCAUUAACUUUCAUACAUCGACUUGAAGCAGCAGUAGGCUCCGGAAUAUUCAAUUGACAAUUUGGAUCGUUAAAUCCUGAUUUAAAGCCCAUAUUGUGAAGAGGAAUGAUAACAGGAUAGAUCAUCAUGCAAAUGACUUUAACAUGUCCUGUUUUUAUUUUGAAGUUGAAAAAAGUAUUCCUACCUGCUUUCGAUGGAUUGCUAAUAAAAACUCUUGAUUUCAUCAAUGCCAUCAUAUACGACGGAAAACUUUUCAAGUUUUCUGGCAAAUAUCCGUAUAUCUCGGAAUCUGGACCUCGUUGACUACCAUAUUCAACCAGAAGGUCUACUAUCCUUUUGCAAAACCAGUUUUGAAGAUUUAUAAGAUUUUGGUUAGUUGAGAUAUACGCAGCUAAUGGUUAGUAAAGGUUUUUAAAUAAGUUGACUUACCGUGUUUUGCCAUGCUAGCUACUAAAGUUUCACAAUCUGCUUUAGAAAAAACGUCCUUUUUGGAUGAAACAAUGGGUAACCGUAUAUGAUGGCAUCUUACUCUCUCUGAGUUUUCAACUGUUCUGUAGAAAGUGAGAACUUGGAUAGAAGCAGUUUGACUUAGUAUACUAGCGGUUUGUUGUAUUUCAAAAUAAAUAGCGGUUUCUGAAUUAAUUGCAGAAAUGAUUAGCGUGUUGUCCUUCGGAUAAUCACUAACUUUUCCUGCUUUAAUUUGCUUAACCCGGAGACCUUUUGAAGAAGAAACCUUGAUUUUGACGUGGGUACCAAUAAAUCCACUCAGAGAUUCUAAUACAUCCCCUUUUAAGGUUGACUGUGCCGAACUACUAGUCAGAUAGAAGAAGUAAUUUCCGCCAGUUUUUAGACAUAAUUGUUCGAUCAAGUCGUCGUAUAUUUCCGAGUCGUUUUCCAACACAAAUAGGUCUAUUGAGAUUCCAUGUUCAAUUAAGUGCUGUGUAUACAACUGCAACGAUUGCUGCCUUCUUCGGUUCUCUAGCAAUGAUAAAUGCUCUAUAUAAUUCAUUAGCAUUUUUGUAUGCACAAGUAACUUGCCUUUUCGCAUAGCGUUGUCCAAUCCAAGGAUAUGUAUCUUUCCUUGCCUUUCUUCCAAGAGUUUAGCUGCAACUUUCACAGCGCUAAAUAAAGCAUUGCAGCCGUUGGUCUUGUCAUUCAAACUUUUUUGAAUGUGACUUAAGAUACGAACUAUGUCUAACUCAUUUUGGCUUGGAUCGAUGGAAGUAUCAUAAUGGAAUACCAUUUCAUCCUCUUCCAGAUCAGCCAAAACAGUUUCGUUUACCCAUUGAUUCUAAAUAGGUUAGUAAAGUCAAUUCUGUACAUUAGGACACUUACGGAUAAACGAUAAAAGUGUAAAGCAUUAUCAUAACCAAUGAAGAGAAUCCUAGACUUUGGAAAUUUGGCUUUAUAUUUAUCGCUUGUUAGCGUGAAGUUGAUAGCUUCAACAAUAUUCCGUUUAAAUCCGGUAUUAGCGGAUGUACGAGAUAUGUCAAUUAGAAAUAUGUUCAAAAAUGAACUUUCAGCUGAAGCUUCUUUUAGCAAAGCAUCAAAUGAUGGUUUCAUCAGGUUGCUUGUUGUAAGUUUUUCUUUUUCCAUCAACACUCCUUGAAGGAUACAGCCAAAAUCAUCUGUUAUAUUGUUGCAGGUAUCGCAAAAUUCGCACUUCCAUUGUGAUCCGCUGAAAAUUGCAUUGCUGUGGAAACUAAAGUAAGCACCGCAAAUCGUGCAAUAUGGAAUUGAUAAUUCUUUUCCAUCUUCCCAAUUGUACACGCAGUCAGGAUUAUUGACUGAAAAGGGAUGUGCGAUCAAGGAGAAAGGCAGGCUAGAAGGAAUUUGAUUAGCGUUUCUUGGGACAGUCCUGUAUACUGAGCGAAGAAAGCAAGGAUCCGUUGAAUCCUUUAAGAAAAAAGUAUAGUCGGUCAAAACAGUAGGAACGCAAUCACUUGCAACCGGGUCGUAUGGAACUUUGGAAAAAGAAUUGCGGUUUUCCAGACGCUCAGAUAAAAUAGGAUUGUAUUUCCCUACAACAAGCUCACUAAGCUCGCUCUCGCUGGUACUGGAAGAGAUUGAUUUAGUUAUCCAUUCAUCGUCCAAAUGGGUAUAGAAAGGACUUGGAAUUGCACCUUCAUCAGAACUAUUUCGCGAAGAACAAUUAGAGGAACAUGAUAAAGGUCCGCUCAUAGAAAAGAUCAUCUUCAAAAAGAAAUCACCAAAAAAAAUCAGGACUCAAAAUCUGAGCUGCCAGGAGCUAAUACCUUAGUCUGGCUUGCCAGAUACAGGCAACCAAGAAAAGCUGUGCAAAGAGACUUUUCAGAGAAGAAAUUCAGAAAGUAACUUUUCUGUAGGUCUUCUUCGUACAGCUUUUUCAAGUUGGGUGUUGUAAAGUCAGUAUGACUGUGUUUAUUUACAUAUAGUAAAUGUUGUUAUGCCCGAGAACUGACUUAAGUAAAAACAAAAGAAGAAGAUACAUCUAAAUUACAUGUUUAUUUUGUUUAAGAAGCUCUUCAGAGUACAAAAUAAACAUAAUCCUUACCAAUAAAAACUUGUGCCUAUAAUGGUAACGUAUUUUGUGUACUCAUCUUAUUUGAAUGAACUACUGACAUAAUCAGAAUUAAAUAUAUAAAAGAUAUUCUGCAAGAAAAAUCAAUCAAACAUUAUAACGUUGGCCUUCUUGUAAAACUUAUAUUAUUACAUGGACACGCAGAAAAGCAUAUGAAUUAAUAACUACAUUUCCCCUAAAAAAAC